AUGAAUUACACAGACAUUUUAUCAUCCAAAUUCGAACCAGAAACUACAGGCACAACUAUCAUGGCUGUCAUUUAUGAUGGUGGAUUAAUCAUUGGAGCUGAUAGUCGUACAUCUUCUGGCCAAUUUGUUGCAGAUAGAUGUGCUGAUAAAAUCGAUUAUAUUCAUGAUAGAAUAUUUUGUCUGAGAAGUGGCGCAGCUGCAGACACAUAAAUAAUUACUAAACACGUUCGAUACUAUGUAGAUGCACAUGCAUAAGAAUUAGGUAGAUUGCCAGCUGUGGCCACUGCUGCAAAUCUCUUCAGAAACUUCUUAUACGAAUACAAGGACUCAAUGUCAGCUUCCAUCAUCGUUGCUGGAUGGGAUCCAUACAAAGGUCCAUAGAUAUUCACAUUGCCUUUGGGAGGAUCAGUCAUUGAGCAGAAAUGGAGUAUCGGUGGAUCUGGAAGUACAUUUAUUUGGGGAUUCUGUGAUUCCAAUUACCAAAGUAUGUUGAAUCAAAUUAUGUCGAGAACCUUCGUCUUACACGCAGUAGCUCAUGCCAUGUUUAGAGAUGGCUCAUCAGGUGGAAUCAUUAGACUACCUUAAUGUAACCAAAGACAAAAUCGAACGAGAAUUUAUUGAUUAUAAAGAUGUCCCAGUCAAAUGAGUUUACAUUCAUAUAAAUAUUAUAUUCCAGUAUUUUCAAAUUUAAUGAAUAAA